AUACAUACCUAUGUACGGGUGCCUAAUAUGCGCCAAAAAUCAGUUCUUGAAUUUUUUCAAUCAAAUUAUAACGUAUUUGUACUUAUGCUUAUAAAUUCUACAUUUUUUUUGUUUGAAAUUUUCAUUAAUUGUUAUUGAUGUAGAAAUUUUAAUCGUCAAUUUCUUGUUUUCAAAAUGAUGAAUAACACAUAAUACUUGUUUGCGUGUUGGUGAAUAUUUCAAGUAGGCAUAUACAGAAAUACGAAUGAUAUACUAUAAGAAUGAUUACUCGAUUUGGAUCUGUAACAUGCAUGUCAAGCAUUUAUUUCUUGAUAAACACUAUCGUUUUACAUUCAUUAUCAAUAGAAUCAGAUCCAGCAAUUAUUACUCAGAAGUAUUAUGAUGGAUGUGAACAAUGGGAAUUUCAAUGUAAAAAUGGAAAAUGCAUCGCCAACAUUUUUGUUUGCGAUGGGCUGAAAGAUUGUUCAGAUGGUUCAGAUGAAACUCUCAAUCAAUGCCAGAAUGUAACGUGCGAUGAGCAACACUUUCGAUGUCACUAUGGAGCUUGUAUCAAUAAUAAAUAUCGUUUGGAUGGUUUAAAACAAUGCCAUGAUGGAUCUGAUGAACUACCUGAAAUUAAUGAUACGAGUAGUGAUGAACUAGUCAGAAGAAAACGAGCUGAUGAAAAAUCAUGUGCUAUACCAGCAUCUUUAAUUGACAAAACUGUUACAAUUCAUUGCGCUCAGAACACAACAAAAUCUUGUAAUCUGAUGAAUGGAUAUGCGCCUGAGUACAGCAUUGCUUCGGUAAAAUGUACAUCUGGCUAUUACUUAGAAGAUGAGCAGGACGAGGAUGACGAUGAUAUUGAACAUAUUUGUCACAAUAAAAAUUGGAAACCUCGUAUUCGUGAAUGCUUCAAGAUUUGUGACAAACUGAAACCAGUAAAUGUGGAUUUGCAUUGUUAUCGCAAUGAGCUAAGCAUACCUUGCAAUGAAAAUACAGUCCUACUCUCGGGGACCAAAGUACGUCCUUUGUGUAAACCUACCCAUAGAUAUUCCAAUGAUUACCCUCCAGAAUAUUUUGAAAUUAAAUGCAACAAAGAUGGUCAAUGGAACAAACCCCUGUUUUCUUGCCUCAGGCCUGCUUGUGGACAACAAUAUUCAAAUCCUCAACUAGCAAUUGCAAAUGGAACCAAAGAGCGUUAUAGUGAUUCUCCAUGGCAUGUGGCAAUUUUUAAUCAACAUAAAAUCUUAAUUUGUGGGGGUACCAUCAUUACGCCAUAUUUAAUAUUAUCAGCUGCGCAUUGUUUUGUCGAUCAACAGAAUUAUAGUGAACCUCUCAGCGCUGAUAACUAUGAAGUGGUUGUCAGUAAAGUUACAAAUAAUUACUCAGCAGUGGACAACCCAUUCCAAAAAAAUUAUAAGAUUAAAGAAAUAGUUUUCUCCGAUAAAGGUUAUUUCGGCCAGAUCAAAUAUCACGAUUCCGAUAUAGCAAUUCUAAUUGUCACAGAAAAAAUCACCACUGGUCCAACAACUUUACCAGCUUGUAUCAACUGGACUGGGUUAAGAAGUGGUCAUUACCCUUUAGAAAAUACACCUGGAAAGGUUUCAGGAUGGGGACGGAAUGAAAAUGGAACUUAUAGUGAAACUUUAAGAACAUCCUAUUUACCAUUUAUUAGUAAUAAACAUUGCACAGACAUAGUACCAGAUGAUGAUAAACGAUUUAUAAGAUUUGAUAAAUUUUGUGCUGGUUCUGAAACUGGUCCAGGAGUAUUCCAGGGGGAGGGCGGAGGAGGUUUGCUGUUUAAAGAAUUCAAUCAGUAUUAUCUUCAAGGCAUCGUUAGUGUAAAACCAAAUUCUUUAUCCAGCAUUGCAUUAUUUACUGACAUAGGACUACACACAGCAUGGAUCUCAGCAGUUAGUAAGAAAGCUGAAGAAGAAUUACAAAACACAAGAAAUUUCACGAGUCCAAUUUCAAAUCAGACAACGACCAUCAGUUAUAGCACUAGUACGAGUAGUAAUGGUUCUCAGAUUACACCAAAGGUAGAUAUUGUAACGACGCAUGUUUCACAAAGUACAACUCCAAAGGUGGUUCAGAAAAAGAAUGCUACGACUAUAGCUGCCGAGUAUUGCACAAAAUAUUCGCAAUAUCGAUAUGUUAAGAAAUGGAAACCCUCACAGACAGCUAAUGCAGCAGGAUUAUGGUUGUACGCGAUGGACUGCUUAAAUGUAGUAACAUCAAUUGCUGGAGGAGUGAAAGCUUUACCAAAGGAGUACCCUCAUAUGGCCCUCGUUGGUAUUGGGGCUGCAUUUGAAUCCGUUAAAUGGCUCGGUGCCGGUACUUUGAUUAGUGAACGAUUUAUUCUGACUACAGCACAUAUGAGUGAUGAAGACUCGCCAAAAUGGGUUCUAUUGGGUGAUUUGAAUUUUAACUCGUCAAACGAAGAAAGCAUGCCUGCAGUUUAUGGAAUAAAAAAUAUCUACUUGCAUCCAAAUUACACACCACCAUCAUUAUAUAAUGACAUUGCACUGUAUGAGUUGAAUACUUCAGUGGCAAUAAGCUCAUAUGUAAGACCCGCUUGUUUAUACACAUCAACCUAUAUUCCAGUUAAUACAAGAGGAAGUAUCACAGGAUGGGGACGGACUGAUGCAAUUGAACGUGUGACUGUGAGUACCAACUUAUUGAAAGGUACCAUUGCAGUAAUGAACGACAGAAUAUGCAAAGAACAGCCCUACCCUGCCAAUAUGUCGUUGCGUUUAAAGGAUGGUUUCAACUCGGAUUCAAUGAUAUGUGCUGGCGACAUCCUUACUGGAAAUGAUGCAUGUCAAGGUGAUGCUGGUAGUCCUUUGCAGAUACCGGUACCUGGCCAAAUUUGUAUGUGGAACGUAAUUGGGAUUACAUCAUUUGGACCUGGAAUUUGUGGGAAUUUGAAAACGCCUGCAGUAUAUACUAAAGUAGCAUUCUACAUAGAUUGGAUCCAGAGUAUAGUGUGGCCUUGAAGAAUUAAACCUGUUCUCGAAUUAAUACCUUACUGCGAAUAAAACUACAAUGUGGAUUUCAGAUAAACUUGAAAAUUUGCCAAUUCAUUUGUAGAGGUAGCUCGAUCAGUUUUAAUGAAAAAAAAUUGUUUGAUAAAUUUGAAUUUUUAAAUUUUUGUUCAAAUUCAAAAUAUUUUAGCAACAAAAAAAACUUCUGAAGGAAAAUUAAUCACGCUUUAAAAAGGUGAGCAAUAUUAUUUCUCAAAAGAGAGGCAUCCCAACCGGCAGAAGAAUUGUUGAGCGAAAUGAAACUAAAUUGAAAAAACACGUAAAAAUACAUACCAGUCAAAAUUUAGUAAGUAAAGUGCUACAAAGUAUUUUUCGUUUUUAGCUGGCUUCUUGAAAAUCAAAGGUCAAGCUAGCCAAAAAAAUCAAAAUUUUACCAAAUCGACCUGGAAUAAUGCUGAAAUUUGAUAGAUUUUAUGUGUCCUAUUUCCAACACCUUGAAUCGAUUGAAAACGGUUUUGAACCGUUUUGAGCUGUUCACGACGCUCCUAGCAAAUUUUGUCAAGUUGAAAUUACCAGAAAAUAAAAUUGUACCCAAUAAAGCUGAAAAACUAACGGAGCAUAGCCGGGAAAGAUGUGCGGCUGGGAUUUCUAAUUUAACCAUUGAAAGAUUGGUCCUUGCAUCAGUCCAAACCCGCUAUGAAAAAUUUUUUAGAUCGCUAGUUUCAGUCGGAAACUUCGAGUGCAUUUUUUCGACCACAUAUUUUUAAUGAUGAGAGAAGAAUGAUGGUAAAAAACACGCACUCGAGGAGUCUAUGUCCAUUGUCCACCUAGAAAUCGGCUCAAAUGUUGAUAAGCUAGUUAUAAAUAGGUCGAGUAAAGGGCAAAACUCUAUUUUUAGCUCACCAAUUUAAUAUCCAGACAUUCUGUAUAGAAAAAUCAAAACUGUGGAAAAAUCGAAAAUUGCUCUGGAGGCUCCAGAAUGCCUGAAAAUGGCGGAAUUCGGAUUUGGGACUAAUUUUCACCAUUUUUAUCGAUUAAAUACGUAGUACCUAGGUAUGUUUUUAAAGGCAUAAAUUACUGAAAAUGCUCAAUUUUGGACUUUCAAAAAUUCGUCAAAAAUUGAAAGAUGAAUUUUGGAAGCUGAAAUUUUGGUCACGGAGGUUUCAAACUAGGCUCUUUCCAAAAAUCGCGAUCCCAUUCGAAUCGUAAUCAGACACCUUGAGAGGUUCCCUCGUGAGGUUAGUUUGGAAAAUUUUUACAGCAUUUUUGAAAAAUAUGAAAUUUUCAAAAUCUAACUGCAGACUCAAACACGGCUUGAAACUGUCUCCAAUCGACUAAGCAUGUUGAAAUUAGGGUACCUAUAAAGUAUUCAAUUUUAUUCAAGCUUUCUAUUUUCUUGAGUAAAAUUUUGUGGAAAAUUGCAACCUUCAAAAACCUAAUGGAGGCCCCAGAACUGCUCAAAACGGUUCGAAUCCGUUUUCAACCGAUUCGGCUGGUCUAAAAUAGGGUACUUAUCAAAUCUGUAGUUUUUAGAUCAAUAUGAUGAAAUUUGGAUUAUUUGACAUUUUUGACCCGCAUUUAAUUUUUAAAAAUUCACCAAAAAUCGUAACGUAGGUACUUCAGCACCCAAAAUGUUCACUGGUUAUGUGUUUUUGAGAUUUACACGCCUCGCCAGUAGGGUCCUAGAAAAAUUUUAAUAAAUUUUAUGAUCACUCAAAAUUCACGUUAUAUCGAAAUAUUAUUGAUGAUCUAAAACACGCAUUGCUCAAUAAAUGAGCGAGAAUGAUAAUUAUUUAGAAUAAAUUUUUAAUCCUCGA